GUGUUUAAAACUAUAAUAUAUCUUAUCUUUUUAAGCCUUUAGUCACGUAUUGAAUGUAAAUUGCAAAUUUCGCGCUUGCACAACAUUCGUAGUGAUAUGUAAUUCAAGCUUGCUUAAUACUAAACUGUUGCUGGCUUCCAAUAGAAAUAGUGUUUAUAUUAUGUAAAGUCGUAUUUUUUAUUUGAAAAUAAUUUAUUUGGCAUAAUAACAGUUUCAAAAUGUGGACUUUUAUGGUGCUAGCAAAUAUUAUAAGCUUUUUCAUUUCUUCAGUUUUUAGUGCAGCGGUUACAACAAUCAAGCCUGGUGUAGUAGCAGUAGAUAUUGGUAACAAUUUAACACUGCCAUGUCCUGGUGAACAAGGUGUAGUCUCUUGGAUUAGAGACGGUCGUGAACCUCCAGAUCACUCAAAUGUUCAAGAUAAUGGUAGUUUAGGCAUUUGGGACGUUCAGCCUUCUGAUGCAGGAAUUUAUACUUGCAAUCGGGAUGGGAAUGAAAUAAAAAAAGAAUCUAUUAAGAUUAUAGUAAGAACUCCUCCACCACCUUUAGUAAAUGUAACAACACAUAUGUCUACAGUUUUGGGGCUGGUUUUAUGGAAUGUUAAUGGUUCAGGGGGUUAUCCGAUAAUUGAUUUUACAGCUGAAUAUAAACUGCAUAGUUUUCCAAAUGGUAGUGGUGCUCCUGAAAAUGAAACAUGGAAGAUUAUAAGUCCUGCACAUAUGAGUCCUAAUACGAGACAAAUCGACAUUUAUCAUCUGAUACCAAAUACAACUUAUGCCUUCAGAGUAUGGGCAACAAAUGCUUUAGGGCCUGGUGAAAAAGUUGAAGUUUUAGGAGCAACUUUGUAUUUUGAUGGUGAGGCAGAACUGGCAAGACAUUUGUUAACAGGGGCAGAUCAAUUCGAUACUAGGGUUUGGGUGGCUGCGGUUGCUGUGGUUAUGGGCACUCUGACUGUUCUGACAUUUGGGACAUGUUUGUUACUAUAUAAAGAAUGUCGAGCGCCUAAUGAAGAUGAUAUGUGUCUCCAAGAAACAAUGGAGUUAGUACCAAACAUUAUCUUAAAUCCUGGAUACUGCGAAAUGCGUUCUGAAGCAAAUGCCAAUGAUAUUCGAUACUCUAUCAAUAACUCCAUUAAUGAAGAAAUACUUUCAAAUGGAAGACCUUUCGGAAGCAUCAGAAAGAAGAGGAACUCUCAAAUCAGUAACGGAUAUAUGCCUGUCAAUUCUGAUGAUGAGGACUUUUAUCCGUGCAUGGUCUUUAGUGGAGGCAGUAAUCGGGCAAGGAAAGUUUGAUUUUUGUUUAUUAUUUUUGUGUUGUAUGAUAUGUGUUGUGCACCUCCGAAAAGAAAGUAUAUUGUCAAUGCUUGAAGUGGAAGAUGGAGAUAAAGUAAGCAUAGUAGAGCACUAAAUAAAUUAAAUUAG